AUGACAGCAAAGUUCGUCACCGUCGACGAGGAAUUCCUCAACAUCCUCGGGCCGCACCCAACCCUCGAGCUGCUCUUGGAAAACGACCGCUAUCCCUUCGCGCACGAAGCCGGCGUCUACAUACCGUCCACGGACGAGCUGUUCAUCACCAGUAACCGGCUCUGCGACCCCGGGUCCCCAAAGGAAAAGCAGCGGGUUCAGAUCUCCAAGGUUGUUCUCAACCGCAAGGACGGUUCUCCUCCGAAAUGCAAGCAGAUAGAGCUAGACUCCAGCGCCAUCCCCAUGGGCAACGGCGGCGUCAACUACUCGAACGAUGAACAGGUUCUCUUCUGCGCCCAGGGCUCAACCCAGCUCCCCAGCGGGCUGUACGCGAUGGACGUGCGCCCCCCUCACGCCGUGACGCCCAUCCUCACGGAUUUCAUGGGCCGGCCCUUCAACUCGGUCAACGACGUGGCGAUCCACAGCGACGGGUCGAUAUGGUUCACCGAUCCGCCGUACGGGUUCGAGCAAGGCUACAGGACCCGGCCGAGACUGCCGAGCCAGGUGUAUCGCUAUGACCCUAACAGGAAGAGUCUGAGGGCCAUGGCGGACGGGUUCGGUCAUCCGAAUGGGAUCUGUUUCUCCCCCGAUGAGCGGACGGUUUAUAUCACGGACACAGACUGGUUGCAUGGGGGAGGGGGCACGGAUGAUACCAAGGCUUCUACCAUAUAUGCAUUCGACAUCGCCAUGUACCACGGUCAGCCGUUUCUGACAAAUCGCCGCCUGUUCGCCAUGGCAGACACGGGGAUACCCGACGGCAUCAAGUGUGACACUGAUGGAAACGUGUACAGUGGGUGCGGCGACGGUGUGAAUGUGUGGUCGCCGGGAGGGAUCCUGCUGGGUCGCAUUGUCGUUGAGGGCGGAGUAGCAAACUUCUGCUUUGGCCGUGGCGGGGAGAUGUUCAUCCUGAAGGAGCACCGGCUGUGGAGGGCGCAGUUGGGCGGGCAUGUUAGGGGGGCAUUGCUGGGAAUCUAAUACAUAAUACCUACCUAUGU